AUGAAGACGUGCGGCCGCGCGGCGUUUUGCUGGGCCCUGCUGUGCCUCGCUGGCAGCCUGGCCGCGCCGCGCCGCCUCUACUGCGAGCGGGCGGACGUCGCGUGGCGCGCCUACCGGGCCCCGGCGGCCUUCGAGGCCCGCGUGCAGUCCCUCGCCAGAGACGCCGCCACGGUGCAGGUGCGCCGCGUCCUCCGCCGCCAGGGCCGCUGGCCCAGGGAGGACGCCAUCAUCCGGCUCAAAUUGCCCCAGGACUCGCUGGAGUGCUCUGGUCGUUUCGAAGUGCCCCUACAAAAUCGAAGGAACUAUAUCGUGUUCGCGGAGAGGAGAGGCCACGCCGCCGUGGCCCUGGGUCCGCCCUUGAGACGGACCGCCAAGUUGAUGCGGAGGGUCCGCGCCGUCUACAAGCCCGGCUACAGUGAGUGUCUAGUGUCAUAA